CUUUCGUUGGUUUUUCCAGAUUCGAAGUGAAUCACUACAGCUAGCCAUCAUGGAUCCCAUGGAUGUUGAUCAAGUGGUGAUGUUUGAGUAUAAUGAUGUUGAGAAAAGUUUGGAGCGUGUCCGACUCAGUCUGCUUGGUCGUUUUUUUCAGUGAAGCUACUCCUAAUCGAGUCAUUUUCCAACGUAUUGUGAAUGGCCUGUGGCGGUGUCAAGCUCCAGUUCAUGUGUUGGAAGAUGAUCGUGGGCUGUUACAGUUCCUGUUCUUUGAUGCUGGUGAUAGGGAA